AUGGGUUUAAUUGGGAAACAUCCGAAAAAAUUGCUUCCCAUGCAAUUUGGAGCAGUCGGUCAUGGAGAGGAUUUUACUCAUGAUCGACUACGAAAGAUUGCAAAGAAACUCGGCUACAAUCAUUCUGGUAUACAUAGCCUAUGUUCGACAUGGCUAGUCAAUCCACAUGACUCAGUGAAAAUUGCAAAUCUGACAACAAUCAUUGGCAGACAUUUUUUAAAACAUGAAUUCGGACGUAAAGUUUCUGGCAUUCAAGAUUUACCCGAUAUUGGUACAUGGCCUAAAUGGUGGCGAGAUGUCACAUCAUUGUACGCUGGUGAAAUAGCCAUCAAUCAUAUUUAUUCAUCGACUCUUGGGCAUCAGCAUGAAUCCAAUGCUAUAGAUCAUCCAUCUUUUUCGACCGAUUCAGUAUGGGAUGCUUGGCAUAUCCAUUGCUUACACAAUGAUGAGUAUUUUUCCAAAUUUAGACAUCGAGAUGAGUUACAAGAAUUUGUACAUCGUCGACAAGAAAAUCGAAUCAAAGAAAUGGUAAAUGUUAGCUCAACAGAUAUGGUUCUAGCUGAGGUUUUAAAGGAAUAUGAAAAGAUACAAAUAAACAAUGAAAUACCAAAGGGCAGCACAACAGUCCGCGAUUACGUUAGAGCUUUGGCAUGGCGAAAAGCUUAUUCAGCUACUGGCGCAAUUGAUUUAGAAUAA